AUGACCAUGUUGACAAGCCUGGAGAUGAUGUUCUCUUUGCUGCUUCAAAGGUCCCACGACGCGAACUCCUUUCUCUGCAUUUUUGGCUUUUUCUCUCAGAUUGCCUCGGAGAUCUACUUCUUCGACCCCGAGUAUCUACAAGAAGAUUCAGGGCAUUUUGGCUGCGGACGGCCCUUGCUGCUGAAGUUGUCGGGGAGAGGCGAGUUUGAUGCAACAGAAUUCCUGGACGACGACCUCUGCAUGGCCUACCGGCAGCAGCUAAGGGCUUUCGGCGACGUCGUGAUUUGCAUGGUGACAUGCUGCAUGAUCUUGGCGCCGGGAAUGAUGGUGAGCAGACUUCUGGAGCAGCCUUGGAUGGGCAUGAUGCGCUAUCUUGCCCCUUGGAUAGCUUUAGAGGCAAAAGAAGAUGUUAGUGUGAGGAGGUGCGACUCCUGCGCUUUUGGAUCUCCACACUUGAAAAGUUUCAGAAUGAUGGCCGUCCAUAUGGAUACUACAAGAUUGGCAAGGCGAUGCUCUCGCGACCGCAACCAUGUGAUUGUUGAGGGCAAGUAUACAAAGGCCUCUGCUUCUUAUACUGAAGAGUUAGCAAUGGAGAUUGCUUGCUGCUUUCGGGAAGCCAUCCUUGCACGUGAGACCCAGUUGGAUGAGCACUUCAACUCCAUCCACGUCCGGGGCCUUGAGAAUCAGUUUACAAACCUAUGUGCCACUACUCUGCAGUGGAAGGAGGAGGAUGCCUGGGCUUUCGCAAACAGAAGGCAUAUAAAUCUGCUCGAGAUGUCCUCUCUCCUACGACUUGCUGAGAAGAAGGCUAGAGCACCUACGUCGUUGAGGGUUGUGAACCUUGUUGAUUCAAAUGUCAUCAGAUGUGCAGCGGCAAAGGGUAGAUCUUCCUCAGAGGCUUUGUCUACCUUGCUCCUGAAGUACAAUGCCGCUUGUCUGGCAGGGGACCUUUACUUCACGCUGCCCUUCGUCCCUACGAGGUUUAACACUUCGGACGAUCCUACGAGGGGGAGAAAUGUCAGGACACCUUCAUCGAAGAUCCCGCUCUCAGAAGCAACAGACGCGCAGGCGAUGGGCUUCGAACUGGGUCAGAUUUUCUCUUGGGCUUUGUGGAUUUACUCUGCUUGCCUCAUGCUCUUCAGAUCGGCGGCGCCAUGCAAUCUUUUGGUCAUCAAAGGGCAGCUUGCCUUACGGUCUUCGGCAUCGCUUGAACAGCCCGUGACUGACGUGACUAGCAAGAACCGCGAGCGGCUCCUACAGAGUUUCUUGGAAUGGUGUGAAUUUGCUGGCUUUGCGAUGAAGCCCAUUCUGGAUGAACCUGCCCUCUUUGUCGAGAAGAUUAACGAGAUUCUUUUGGCAUAUGGCAGAAGACUCUAUGAGGCCGGAAAGACGUACUCGCAUUAUGUCGAAACCAUCAACAGUGAGCUCGGAGCCUUGACGCUGGAAAGACGGGUGGUCGCAUUUCAGCUGAUCACCUCAGCUGGCCACGGCGACGGCCCAGCCGGCUGGGGUACCCAGGGCCACAGGCGGUGCCAGACGGUGGCCGAUCCGGGAUCCGUGAUCGGCGACUCGGCGACUCGGCGCCUGUCUGGGGCUCGGUACGGCGUCGUUCGCCGCGUGGUACUGUACGGCAGCCAUUCUUCGUGCCCUAGUGUGACCGCCAGCAGCUUCAUCUCUGUCGGCGCCACGGCGCAGCUUCCGGACACACGAGCCGGACGGAGCGCCCCUCAAGGCCAAUGGCCCCGGUCUGACCUCUCGAAGCUCCUGUUCGGCCUCCUGAAGCCCGGAGAAGAGUCGCAUCUCCUGCUAGGCUGCGGCUCGGUGUUUCUUUGCCAGAUCGCCCUUCAGAGUCGGGGAAGACUGGGGGUCCAAGUGGAGUGGUUCCGCGGUUCGGACCGACCUCGCAUGGUGGUGUGGGUGGACCGGACCCGGUCAGAGCUGAAGAAAUGGUCAGAGCUGACCAGGCCCUCUCUGGUCUUCAGUGGCGUUCCUGAGGACCUUUUUUCUUCGUCAACUGCUCCAGAGGGCGUCCAGAGGAGCGACAGCAGCUCAAGCCGCAACAAUUAUAGCCUCUUUGGCUCUUUGGCCAAAUCUUUCAGCUCCGAGGGCUCCGGGGAAGCCAUGCCACGCCAUGCGGUCGCUACUCGGCUGCUGCUCCUGCUGCUCGGCGCGGAAAACGGCUGCUCGGCGCAGAAAGCGGCCUUCCAGAACAGCACCGAGCUGCGUGCCGCCAUUGUUGCUUGGGAGAACUAUGUCAAUUAUGGCACGGAGUACACGGAGUACGGCUACAGCACGGACCGGCCUCGUUUGGUUUCCACCUAUGGGGACAUUGCGGACUGGGACGUUUCACAAGUCACCAACAUGAGUUCGCAGAUCGAAGGCUUUGUGCCGUACGCAAUCCUGAGAACUCGCAAUUUGGUGGGUGAGCUCCAGGAUUUUGUGGACGCGCAUCCACCGGGGGUAAGGGAGGCUGAGGUAGAAGAGAGAUCAGGCGAGGAAAAGAAGAAGAGGCGUGGUGGCGCCGCAUACUGGUUUACGAAGUGGGGAGCUUUAGAUAGACUUCUCCUGCGCGGACGAUGGCAGAAUGCCCGCGCUGCACGUACGUAUGUGAACGAUGGACUAGCAGUCCUUGCCCUCUAUGAAGAUUCCCUGGACGGGACCUACUCGCCGAUUUACCCUGGCAAAUUUUGA